AUGGAAGAAAAGGACUUCUCCGGUUCUCCUGUGACCAUAACAUCGGUGCUGGACACUUCUAGAGUCACGGAAGUGUGUCGCAAGAGAUGGCUAUUCACGUUUGUCGAGGCCAAAGACUACUGGCUACUUCUUCCUGCAUUGGUUUUUACCAUCCUUUCUGCCAUGGUCCCUGCAACAGUUGCAGUGCUGUUAGCAAGAAUUUUCAAUAAGCUGGAGAGCUUUGGUCGCAACGAAUAUUCAAGCGGCUAUGAUUUCGUGGCCGAUGUGCAAUGGCUUUGUUUUGCAAUCGCUUUCGUCGGACUCGGUGCCACGUUUUUCAACUGGCUGGGGCUCAGUUGCUUUCUUCUUGCCGGAGAGAGACAGCAAAAACGUUGUCGACAGGAGGUGUACCGAUCUUUGCUUCGGAAGGAAGUAGAAUGGUUUGACAAGAAGUCGGAUCUGAAUUCCAAUUUGUUGCAGGUGAACAGAUGCAUAGAGGAGUUUAGGAUGGGUGUCUCUGAGUGUCUAGAGAUGCUGAUUAAAUCAGUUGCCAUGCUUUGUGCGUUACUAGUAUUAAGCUUCUACUAUUCGUGGAGGUUGACUUUGCUGGUCGUGGCUACCAUUCCCAUAAUCGUACUGGUUACCGGAGUCUGGGGAAUAUUUAUUGGAAAAUAUACCGCUUUGGAAAACAAACACUCAGAGGAUACAACCAAGGUCCUAGAGUGGAAUCUGCUUAAUUAUCUGUGGAUCAAAAUUGUUGAUUCCUCGUCACUAGAAAAAAGGAAGCUGGAUGCUGCUACUAAACUAACUUCCCAGAGCUUCUUGAUAAUGAAGCUUUUCUUCAACCUAAACGCGGGCAUGAUCAAGUUUUUGGCACUCAUGAUGUUCGUUCAGAGUUUCUGGUAUGGAUCGUUUCUAGUGCGCAAGCACCUUAAUUCUUCAGGCGACAUUGUUUCCUGUUUCUAUUCUUGUCUCACGGUUUCACGAAUCUUCUCAACCAUUUCUUCGCAGAUUGUGAGUCUGAAGACAGCAUGGAUCUCACUAAAGUAUGUAUUUGAAAGCGUGAACUGCACAGGCAGCGCUUAUGAAGGCGGAUUUCGACCCAAACAUGAUAUCAUGGGUGAUAUCAAGAUUUCUAAUGUCUCCUUCAAAUAUCCGGUUAGAGACGACUGGGGGCUUAAUAACAUCACGCUACAGAUCCCUGCAAACCAUCUGUUAUAUAUUGUUGGGAAAUCAGGCUCAGGGAAAUCCACUCUUGCGUCCCUGAUUCUGAGGUUGUACCAUUUUGACGGCAAAAUUACCUGUGACGAUUAUGAUAUUUCGAGACUGGACCAAAGCUGGUUGGCCUCACAGAUCACUUUAGUUCAGCAGCAAUGCACUCUCUUCGGUGGUACAAUUUUUGAAAACCUGACUUUGGCCUCUCCUACUCCCGUCGCUCCCAAAUUAUUGAACGAGGCCUUGCAAAUAACUGGUCUUGAUCAGCUAAUCGCUUCUCUACCAGCAGGAAUAAAUACGAAAGUUGGAGGAGGUUCUGGGUCUAUAACACUGAGUGGGGGACAGCGACAGAAAGUUGCCUUGUCUAGGGCAAUCAUCAGAAACACUCCUGUCCUGAUCCUGGACGAAGCUUUGUCAGCGGUGGACUACAAUCAGCGCAUCAUGAUCUUAGAAAAGCUCAAAAGAAACAGAAACAGAAGGUCCACAGUCAUUAUGACGCACGACUACUCGGAGAUAGCAGAUUCAGAUUACGUUGUUCUCAUGGAAAGUGGAAAAAUUGAGGAGCAGGGUCUCAAGAGUGACCUGCUAAAAGGGAACACCAGGUUUGCUUCUCUCCAAUACGAAAUGGAUACCCCCGAUAAUCCUUUUGGUGAUGAAAAGGAGGAAGAGGAACUUGAAGAGAGAAUGGAUCAGCCCGAUGAAUUGGAGAACCAAACCCCCGAAAAAGUGAGCAUGUUACAGCUCCUGCGCCAGCUGUGGCAUGUUCUUACCUUUGGUUCUAGGGUCUGCUUCCUGCUUGGCAUUAUGAUUUCCGUGGUGAAUGCAUCCAUGACGCCCUUGUUCACCUUUUUUCUAUCCAAGCUAAUUCUCGGGAUAGUGACAGUUGGUCAGCAGGUAUCCAGUGCUUAUAUGGUGAAGUGGUCCCUGGUUCUUAUGUGCGUGGCAUUCAUGGAUGGACUUUCGUUGUUUGCUUCUAAGAUGGCGCUAAGCCAGAGCUCGGAAACAUUGGUUGGCCAGCUACGUAACAGAGCUUUUGAGAAGAUUCUAGCUCAACCUAUAUGCUGGUUUCAAAAUAUAAAUCCAGGCGCUCUUUCGUCCCUACUUAUCAAUGAUAUUAGGGACCUCAGGACCAUGAUUUCAGAUGUACCAAGUCAGCUUAUUUCUAUCAUUGCCCUCUUAUUGAUUGCCAUGGUCUGGUCGCUGAUCGUCUGUUGGAGAUUGGCGCUAGUCGGCCUCAGCUUUGCUCCCCUUUUCGCUAUAUUCUCAACUUUAUUUUCAAUCCUCUUGCAAAAAUAUGAGACAGCCUACAAGCAAGCAUCAGACGACGUGGAAGAAGUUGUUCAUGAAAGUGUCUUGGGAAUGAAAACAGUGGUAUCACUCAAUCUUCAGGGUCAUUUUCAAGCCAGAUUUAACGAUCACAUGAAUCAAUUGAAGCAUGCAGGAAAGCGGCGGGCACUUAUUAUCUCUAUAGCCAUGGCUGCGCAGAAUAUUGCAAUCUAUCUCUCACAAGCAAUCAUGCUGUAUUAUGGAAUCAAACUGGUCUCUGAGGGCUCAAUCACUCUGGUUCAGAUGAUGCAGGUGGUAGCUUUGAUAAUGUUUACUGUCGGUUACGUUUCUGCUGUGCUUUCCUCAAUGCCAAACGUGAACAAAGGUGUUUUAGUUUUUAUGAAGAUACUGACUUUGAUCCAACUUCCGGAAAAUAUACAAGAAUAUUAUGGGACAACCAAACCGAUAUUUAACCCAAAUAAGCCAUUGAUCAAAUUCCAAAAUGUGCAAUUUAGUUACGGUCCAGGCACAGCUCCCGUGUUGUGUAACUUCAAUUUCUCGCUCAAUAUAAAUAUGAUCACCUGCAUAGUGGGCAGAUCUGGCUGCGGAAAAUCAACUCUUCUAAAUCUCUUAUUUCGGCUCUUCAGCCCUCAGAGGGGAUCAAUUAAAUUUUGUGGAACAAACCUUGAUCAGCUUCAUAUGUCUGAGCUCAAAAAAGAAGUUGCUGUUGUCACCCAGAACCAUUACUUUUUUGAUGGUACUAUUUUUGAGAAUCUGACAUACAAUCUGCAUAAACCUGUUACGAAAGCACAGAUCUACGAAGCUCUCGAAUUGGUUGAUAUGGCAGAUUUCGUUCACGGCCUUCCAGAUAAUUUGUUUUCGCGCAUCGGUGGCUCUUCAAACCUCUUGAUUUCUGGAGGACAGCUACAGCGGCUUUGCAUUGCUAGAGCUCUUAUUAGAUCGCCUAAAGUCUUGGUUCUCGAUGAGUGUACAGCAUCGUUGGACCCGCAAAAUGUCAAGCGGGUUGCAAAAAUUCUACUGGGACUGAAAAAACACGUGACCAUCAUCAUGGUAAGCCAUCAGAGAGAAAUGAUGCAGAUCGCGGAUACCGUCGCAUACAUGGAGGACGGGAUUAUCAAGGAGAAAGGUCACUUCGACACGCUGUCAAACAGAAGAAAUCUUUUUUAUCGACUCAUUAACUAA